AUGACUUCUCCUCAAAAUAUUCAAAACAUUCCAAAUAUUCAACAACUGGCUAAUAGUCUUAACGAAGUUAGCUUGUCAACUUCGCCCACUAAUACUUUCAGUGGAUCUUUCAAUUCGUUCAAGGCUCGCAGAUUAUCAACCACUAACAAGGCUAAGCCUUUAAAGCCCUUCAGCACUGGUGAUUUCAAGAUCCUCCUACUUGAAAAUGUCAAUCAAACCGCUAUUGACAUUCUUAGUAAACAAGGUUACCAAAUUGAGUUUCAUAAGACUUCUCUCGGAGAGGCUGAAUUGAUCGAGAAGAUCAAGGAUGUCCAUGCUAUUGGUAUCAGAUCAAAGACUAAACUUACUGAAAAGAUCUUGUCCCAUGCUGCGAACUUAGUAUCCAUUGGUUGUUUCUGUAUUGGCACUAACCAAGUCGAUUUAGAAUAUGCGGCUAAGAAGGGUAUUGCUGUCUUCAACUCACCAUUUUCUAAUUCCAGAUCUGUUGCCGAGUUGGUGAUUGCCGAAAUUAUUACCUUGGCUCGUCAAUUGGGCGAUAGAUCGAUUGAACUUCAUUCUGGUACUUGGAAUAAGGUCUCGGCCAAAUGUUGGGAAAUUCGUGGCAAGACGCUGGGUAUUGUAGGAUAUGGUCAUAUCGGUGCCCAAUUGUCAGUUCUUGCAGAAGCUAUGGGUAUGAACGUUAUUUACUAUGAUGUCCAAAUGAUCAUGUCAAUGGGUACUGCCAAGCAGGUUGGUUCUCUUAAGGAACUUCUUAACAAUGCUGACUUCGUCACUUUGCAUGUCCCUGAAUUGCCAGAGACUAAGGGAAUGAUUUCGACCGCUCAAUUUAACGAGAUGAAACAAGGUUCCUAUUUGAUCAAUGCUUCUAGAGGUACUGUUGUUGACAUCCCCGCCUUAAUCGAGGCUCGCAAGUCCGGCAGGGUUGCUGGUUUCGCCCUUGAUGUGUUCCCUAAUGAACCAGCCAAGAACGGUGUUGAUUUGUUCAACAAUGACCUGAAUGCUUGGGCUUCAGAAUUGACCAGUUUGGGCAAUGUCAUUUUAUCACCUCACAUUGGUGGAUCUACCGAGGAGGCCCAAAGUGCUAUAGGCGUCGAAGUGGGCAGUGCACUCGUUAAAUAUAUCAACGAAGGAUCAUCCAUUGGCUCUGUUAACUUUCCUGAAGUCGAUCUUCGUACUCUUUCUCAAGACCAAGUCAACCAUGUCCGUGUUCUUUACAUUCAUCAAAACGUUCCUGGUGUCUUACGUACUGUCAACGAAAUUUUUGCUGAACACAAUAUUGACAAGCAAUUCUCUGACUCUGAGGGUGAUAUUGCCUACCUUAUGGCUGAUAUUUCUGAUGUUUAUGAGUCUGACAUCAAGAAACUUUAUGAACAACUUGAGCAAACUCCUUUCAAGAUCAGAACCAGACUUCUUUAUUAG